AUGAAGCUUACGACUUUUACGGCGGCUGCGCUGCCAGUGCUGGCAUCUGCUGCUCAAUACACAGAGGAGCAAUAUGACUCUGGUGAAGUCAUGGCAAAGAUGAUGGAGGCGAAGGAGUCUGCAUGGGCUCGUCACAGAGCUGCUGGCCACUACGACAGUAAGAAGUGGGCUGGCUUCAGCGAGGGCCGCGCAAAUGCACGCCGCGCAAAGGUCGAAUGCAUAGACGGCAAGGCAGAAGCAGUACCUGGUGAUGCUGAUCAGACCUACAAAUGCAGCGGCAUCGACAUGUACGACUUCAAAACCCACGCUGAGAUCGGCGGCCCUGCCAGCGAAGGCUCUGGCUCAUGGGGUGUAGUAAUCGAUGGCCGCGAGUUUGUUGGUAUCGGACAGACGGAGGGCACAGCAUUCCUCGAGGUCCUCCCGGGCGGAUCUUUCGCAUACCUCGGCCGCCUGCCCGUGACACCUGGUGCCGAGCCUGUCAUCUGGAAGGAGAUUAAGGCCAAUGGCGACUACCUCAUUAUUGGCUCUGAGGCUGAGAGCCACGGCAUUCAGAUCUUCGAUAUGAAGAAGUUGCUUGAUAUUGAUCCAGCUUCGCCAAAGGUCUUCGAUUCGGCCACUGAGGUGACGAGUUUGUUCAAUGAUCUACCAAUCGGUCGAUCACACAACGUCGUGGUGAACGAGGAGAAGAACUAUGCAGUGGCUGUUGGUGCUGCGCCGAGAACUGAUGCAUGUGCAUCUGGGCUCAUCUUUAUCAAUAUGGACGACCCAGCCAACCCUUACUCCCCAGGAUGUGCUCCACAAGAUGGCUACGUCCACGAUGCGCAAUGCAUCGUCUACCGCGGCCCAGACGAAAAGUACAACGGCCGUGACAUCUGCUACGGCUACAACGAAGACACCUUGACAAUCUACGACGUAACCGACAAAGAAGGCCCCAACGCCUCCACCAUCAUCUCGAAGACUCCCUACGUCGGAGCGUCCUACACUCACCAAGGCUGGAUCCUCGACCCCAACUGGCAAACCCACCUCCUCCUCGACGACGAACUCGACGAAGGCGUCAUCUCCCCAGGCGAGACCAACCCGGGCCCCUCUGACGACGGCUUCCCCGCCACUUUCAUCUUCGACAUCACAUCCCUCGAAAACCCCGUCAACACCGGCUUCUACAAGUCCUCCGUCCAAUCUGUCGACCACAAUCAGUUCGUCCACAGCGGCCUCGCAUAUCAAUCGAACUACCAGGCCGGUCUCAGAAUCUUGGAUGUCAGCAGUAUUCCUGAUGAUCCUACUGGCGGUGGAGUCGAGGAGAUUGCGUUCUUUGAUGUGUUCCCGGGUGAUGAUGAUGAGCCGGGAGGAGGUGUGGCGACGUGGGAUUUUGGGACGUGGAGUCAUUUCACAUUUCCGAGUGGGUUUGUUGUUAUUAACACGAUUGACCGGGGUCCGUUCUUGGUGAAGAUGAGUGCUUUCUCAGGGAGAGGGUUUGGGAAGCGGUGGUUGAGGCGGGGAGCGUGA